AUGAGUUUGCUUUUCAAACCAGCUCUUGGAGCUGGUCGUGUGGCGAUCAGGAGGAGUGUGGGGCGAACGAUGUUAUUCCACUCAUACGCAAGGCCGUCCCCGUUCACUUUCCAGUUCCGGUUACUCAAUAACUUCAAUUUCACGUCCAAGAGAUUUGCAUCGAUAUUUCCCGGUAUGAUUGGUAAAGCGAUUCGGGUGCCAGCGUACAUUGGUGGUGGUAUGGCUGCCGCAGGUAGUUAUAUAGGGUAUCGGAUGGAGAAAGCUGGUAGUUUUGCGCAGGAGAAAUGGAGCGAUUUACAGGAUCUAACUGGGAAUAUACGAGACAAGUUCAGUGGGUUAUUUGGGAACAACGGUGGAGAAAAUGGUGGUGAAGGUGGAAAUAAUAAUGAUGGUGAUACUGCUGCAGGUGCAUCUUUACUUGCAUCUUUGCAGAGUGAUGAGGAUACGACCAAGCACAGUGAUGAGGAUGACGAAGAUGACGAAGAUGACGAAGAUAACGAUGAGGACAACACACAGGAUGAAAUGUUGAAUCUGACAAAACAGAUGAUUGAAAUACGGUCUAUUUUAAGCAAGAUUGAUUCAACCUCGGCUCACUUAACAUUACCUUCGAUCGUUGUUAUCGGAUCUCAGUCCUCGGGUAAAUCGUCUGUGCUUGAAUCGAUUGUUGGAAAAGAAUUUUUACCUAAAGGCUCCAAUAUGGUUACCAGAAGACCCAUCGAGCUAACUCUAGUUAACACUCCAAGCUCUCACGAAGUUACAGCUGAUUUUCCUAGUUUGAGAAUGUACAAUGUCAAGGAUUUCAAAGAGGUCAAGAGGAUUCUGAUGGAACUAAACAUGGCAGUCCCCUCGACCGAGGCUGUUUCAGAAGAUCCAAUUCAGCUUACUAUCAAAUCUUCACGUGUACCGGAUCUUUCGCUGGUUGAUUUACCUGGUUACAUUCAAGUGGAGGCAGCGGAUCAACCAUUUGAACUAAAGAAGAAAAUUCGCCAACUUUGUGAGAAAUACCUAUCUGAACCAAAUAUUAUUCUAGCUAUAUCAGCCGCAGACGUCGAUCUUGCUAACAGUGCAGCACUGAGAGCCGCGAAGGCUUCUGAUCCACAAGGUUUGAGAACGAUUGGUGUUAUUACUAAAUUAGAUCUGGUUCCUCCUGAAGUUGCAAGAAAAAUAUUGACCAACAAAAAAUACCCACUAAAAAUGGGCUACGUUGGUGUUAUUACCAAAUCUCCGGGUUCAUCAAAGACUCAUAUCGGUUUAUUUGGUAACAGGCAAAAGGUCGAACAGAGUCAAAUCGGCAAUGCGAUAGAACCUCAGCAACUAAUUACUCGUCAGUUUGAAAAAAGCUACUUCAAGGAUAACAAGGCUGAAUUUGCGCAUUGCGAAGUGUCAACAAAGAGAUUAAGGGAAAAGCUGAUCAAAAUUCUAGAGAUCUCUAUGUCCAACGCCUUGGAACCUACUUCAAUGCUUAUUCAGCAGGAGUUAGACGACACUUCAUACCUUUUCAAAGUGGAAUUCAAUGAUCGUCAACUAACACCAAAGUCAUAUCUAUUGAAUAAUGUGGAUAUUUUGAAAUUAGGUAUCAAAGAAUUUCAGGAAAAAUUCCACAGGAAUGAACUAAAGUCUAUCCUUAAGGCAGAUUUAGACCAAAGAGUCCUAGAUUUUCUGGCCACUAGGUAUUGGAAGGAUGAAAACCUCUUGGAGUUAUCCUCAAGUAUGAAGAACGAUGACGAAAUUAUCUAUUGGCACAAGAAACUGGAACUUGCAUCGUCCAGUCUGACGAAAAUCGGCGUCGGUAGGCAAUCCACGAUGUUAGUAACUAAUGCUAUCUUGAAAGAAUUGGAAAAUAUCCUACAAGCCACUCAGCUGAAAAAUCAUGAUCUCAUCAAAGAGCUUGUAACAAACACCGCUGUGAACGUGCUGAAUGCAAAAUACUACGCUACCGCAGAUCAAGUAGAGAAUUGUAUCAAGCCCUUCAAGUAUGAGAUUGAUUUGGACAAUAGAGACUGGAAUAUUGCCCGAGAGCAUUCGAUUUCGCUCCUAAGAGAGGAAGCCAGGCAAUGUAAUGAUAGAUUUCAAUCGAUCAAGAAUGCUAUUGGAGGAAGAAAACUGCAACAGGUGAUGGGAUACCUCCAGCAAGAUCCUUCAAAGAAGGAAACGCUUGGUAUGUCGAAAAUCUUGCUCGAGCGUGGAUCAGAAGCGUUGUUUUUGAGCAAGAGACUUCAAGUCUUGUCAUUCAGACUAAAGUUUCUGAAGAACAAAUGCCACUCGGUGACUGAGAAGGAUCAAUGCCCCGAGAUUUUCCUGAACGCUGUUAGUGAUAAACUGACUUCAACGGCUGUCUUAUUCCUGAACGUCGAAUUACUCAGCGAUUUCUUUUAUAAUUUCCCAAUUGAACUGGACAAGAAACUUAACGGAUUGACCAACGAACAAGUGGAAAUGUUCGCCAAAGAGGACCCCAAGAUUGCACGACAUAUCGAGUUACAGAAACGUAAGGAACUUCUCGAUCUUGCAUUGGAAAAAAUUGAUUCCAUCUUAGUCUUCAAGAAGAGCUACAAGAGCGUUUCCAAGAAAAGAUAA